AUGUCGCAACAACAAGACUUGUCGCAAGUCGACAGCGACGGGUUCCACCUCUUCCAGAUUGCCGGCCUGGAAUCUUCUUCCACCACUACUACGACCACUCCGACAGGCACGAGAGAAGAGAUUCUGUUAGAAUCAUGGAUGAUCCUGCUGCUACAAUCCUGCGAAGACGGCCAGAUCCGCUUCGAUUGGGGGUAUUCCGGCGGGGACAAGUCAUCGCUAUCAUCGGCCCAAGUAAUGCCGGGAUUGCAGAGUACUGUCGCCCAGGUUUCUGCCGCAAUCGCUGAACACAUGGCUGCGGCUUCGCAGGCUCAAUCGCCAGCGACACCGGCGUCGCUGUUACUAAGCACCGGUACACUGUCACAGGCUUCCGAGCAGGAUCUUAUACAUAUUGAGGUUGGCUUUGAGAAUGGCAUGCUCAAGAUCCGGCCGGUAUGGCACUCGCCAAGUGUGCUAGAUUUCACGGUGAGGUUACAUGUCACGAAACUAGCGGAGCUGGUCCAGCGAUGCUUAAGCAACCCGGAGAGCUCUGUUGAGGAGUGCCUCCGGGUAACAAAUUCCGACUUGAACGAAAUCUGGCGCUGGAACCACGACCUGCCGCCCACAUACAGCUUCUGCACCCACGAGAUGGUGACGGAAUGGGCGCAGAAAGCCCCGGAGAGCGAGGCCAUUGCAUCCUGGGACGGCAACCUGACGUACGCUCAGGUCGACCGGUACUCCACGCAGGUGGCGUGGAAGCUCAAGGAGAUGGGACUCCAGCUGGACGACAUCCUGCCCAUUUGCUUUGAAAAGUCUCGGUGGACAAUCGUGGCCGUUCUUGCAGCCAUGAAGGCUGGUGCGACUUUCGCACUCAUGGAUCCCACACUUCCCCUGGCUCGGCUUCAGAACAUGGCGCAACAGGUCGGCGGUAAGAUGAUGCUGGCAUCCCGCAAGCAGCACGACCUGGCGACCUCCAUUCUCCCUGGCGGACCGGUGCUGGUGGUGGAGGAAGACACUUUCCGGGAUUUUGACAUUAACCAGGAGCUUCCGGCGUUGCCCACCGUACCGCCGACCACUCUGAUGUACAUCAUCUUCACCUCCGGCAGUACCGGAACACCCAAGGGUGUCACGAUCUCCCAUCAGACUUACACAAGCAGUGCAAUCCCGCGUGCCAAAGCCGUUGGAUACACACCGGAAUCUCGAGUUCUGGACUUUGCUUCUUACGCCUUCGACGUCAGUAUCGACAGCAUGCUGCUGACCUUGAGCAAUGGUGGCUGUUUAUGCAUUCCAUCAGAUGAAGACCGACUUAACGAUAUCAACGGAGCGUUCCGGCGCAUGCGAAUCAACUACGCUGGCUUGACCCCGUCGGUAGCGCGUAUCCUGGAUGCGGAUGUGAUCUCAUCGCUGAGCGGCCUCGGCCUUGGUGGCGAGGCAGUCUCAGCGCGUGACGUGAAGCUGUGGGGACAAGUCACCCGCAUCAUCAUCGGCUACGGUCCUUGCGAGUGCACAAUUGGUUGCACGGUCAACAGCAGCGCGGCAACGGGCAGGGACUAUAUCUCCAUCGGACCCGGUAACGGUGCAGCAAUGUGGAUCACUGAUCCCAACGACCACGACACGCUCGUGCCUGUCGGCGCUGUCGGUGAGCUUCUGGUCGAGGGCCCAAUCGUGGGUCAGGGCUACCUCAACGACCCCGAGAAGACGGCCACUGUCUUUAUCGAGGACCCCAAGUGGCUGGUUGCGGGCCACAAUGGCCAUGAGGGUCGUCGGGGCCGUCUGUACAAGACGGGUGACCUGGGACGGUACGAUCCCGAUGGUUCGGGUGGUAUUGUCUUCGUGGGGCGCAAGGAUACGCAGGUCAAGCUGCGUGGACAGCGUGUGGAGCUCGGUGAGAUCGAGAGUCAGCUCAAGGACAGGCUGCCCUCGGAAGCGAACGUUAUCGCUGAAGUGAUUGUGCCACAGGGGUCCGGCGGCCAGGCUACCUUGGUUGCGUUCGUGGCGUUCCAAUCCUUUAAGGGAAAGGAGCAAGGUGACCUGAGCUUGGCUGAGCUGUCAGAGGAGCAGCAGAAGGCGCUUUCUGAAGCUAAUGCAGAUGUGGCCAAGGUCCUGCCGCGAUACAUGGUGCCCACUGUCUACAUCCCAGUGAAUUAUAUCCCAGUAUUGAUUUCCAGCAAGACAGACCGCAAGAGACUCCGCCAAUUCGGUACCACAGUAGACAUCCGGCAGUUAGAUCAAGGCGCGGAGACGAAUGGCACCAGCCGGGAGUUGACUGACCUCGAGCAGCGCCUGCGCCAGGCUUGGAGUCUCGUCUUGAAACAGGACGCUGAAGGCAUCCGGCCUGAGGACAACUUCUUCGCACUCGGAGGCGACUCCGUCAUGGCGAUGAGACUGGUGUCAGUCUGCCGCGAACAAGGCCUUGACUUGACUGUCGCCAACACCUUUGGCCACCCUACUCUUGCAGCAAUGGCCGGUGUUGUUCAGAUCUGCGACUCUCAAGAGCGUGCCGAACUACCACCGUUUUCAAUGAUUUCGCAGGAUGUCGAGAGUGCCUGUCGCGAAGCGGCUGCCGCGUGUGGAGUGGACGCGACCGCAGUCGAGGAUAUCUACCCCUGCACACCCACGCAGGAGUCGCUUUUCACAUUUUCGCUAAAAUCAGUCAAGUUGUACGUGGCACAGAGAGUCGCGCGCAUUCCGGCCCACAUCGACCUUGACGCAUGGAAGAAGGCCUGGGAGGAAGCCGUGGCUGCCAAGCCAAUUCUGCGCACUCGCUUGGUGCAGUUGCAGGACCCCGGUCUUCAGCAGGUGGUCCUCAAGGAGAACAUUACCUGGAAACAUACGACAGAUUUGGCGCGAUAUCUCGAAAGCGAUCGGGAGGAGAGAAUGAAUCUGGGAGAAAGCCUGGCUCGCUAUGCGAUUGUGGAUGAUGGCAAGGAGGGCAGACACAUGGUUUGGACUAUUCACCACGUUGUGUAUGACGGAUGGUCUGAGCCUUUGGUGCUUAAGGACGUCAGCGACGCGCUGAGCGCCAAGGAGAUCGAGCCCCAGGCACAGAUGCGCGAUUUUGUCAAGUACGUGCACGAUACCGAUGCGGCUGCGAUGCAUGAGUUCUGGAGACGCGAGCUGCAGGGUGCCGUUGGUCCUCAAUUCCCUCGUCUGCCCUCCAGAGACUUCAUGCCUACUCCCGAUGCCUUUAUUGAACAUAUGAUUCCGCUUAAGGCAGCCGACAAGUGGCCCUUCACCAUGGCUACGCUGAUCCGCGGUGCCUGGGCGCUUGUGGCCUCGCAGUACUCGGGCAGUGACGAUGUUGUGUUCGGCGAGACGCUCACUGGUCGUGAUAUUGCUCUUCCAGGCGUUGAGAGCAUUAUCGGUCCAUUGAUUGCCACACUCCCUGUCCGCAUCCAUGUCAGCCGUACCAGUACGGUAGAAGCCUAUCUGCAAGGCGUGCAACAGACUAUUCUGGCCCGUGUCCCGUAUCAGCACAUGGGCAUGCAGAACAUCCGUAAAGUAAGCCACGACGCCCAGCACGCAUGUGAAGCCGGCACCGGCUUGGUCGUCCAACUGGAACCGGAGUACGUGGGUAGUGACCUGGGCUUCGAAAUUGGAGAUGUCGUUCGGGAAGCCCUGCAUUUCAACCCCUACCCGCUUAUGUUGGGAUGCGCCGUGCGCAAGGGUGGCUUCCGAAUCUGUGCCAGUUUCGACGGCAGCUUGAUCGAAGUUGCGCAGAUGAAGCGCAUGCUUGUGCAGCUGGAGGUGGCCUGCGUCGAGUUGACCAAGGGCCUGCAGCGGCGCAUCGAGGAGAUCUCGUGUCUCCCUGAGGCCGAGCUGAACCAGAUCUGGCAAUGGAACCGGAUACCUCCGCUGUCCCGCGAUGCGUCCUCGGGUCGCCUCCGUGCGGAUGCUAGCAUUAAGCAGGGAUCAAGGUACCCGUCUGCAGUUGUUCCUUGGGUGGUUAACGCCCGCAAUCCCGCUUUGUUGUCUCCAAUCGGCUGUGUCGGAGAGCUCUGGCUCGAAGGCGCUUUUGUCUCUGGCGAAACGGUCGAAUCUCCGGCCUGGCUGGUGGCAGGAAGCCCGACUUGUGAUGGCCGUAGUGGUACCGUACAGUCAACUGGUGACAUGGUUCAGCUAUGCGAGGAUGGUAGCCUGGUCUUCGUCGGUCGUAAGGAAAACGUCGUGUCCAUUCAAGGACAUGCCGUGGACAUUGCUGACAUUGAGUUGCACCUGAACCGACAGCUUCCGGCUGAAAUCCGCGCUGCGGCUGCCGUCCGUCAGUCUCUGGAUGAGGCUGGACCUGAGCUGGUUGUUCUGGUUGAGCGGCCGGUUUCCGAUGAAGAGAGCAUUUCAAUCCUUCCGACGCCACAGGACAUUUCCGGCGAGUCGGCCACCAUUCUCAGUGCGACGAUCCCUGUCAGCGUUGCUGUCGCGCUGAAGAAGCUCGACAAGUUCAUUCGUGACUCACUCCCCUCCUACAUGUCUCCCUCCGCAUACAUUGUGGUUGACAAGCUGCCUGCCCAAGGGGAACAGAGCGACCACACGCUUGUCAACGAGCUCGCCUCUGAGAUCUCUCAGGAGGCUCUAAUCCAGAUCCGCAAUGGUAUAAAGGAGGCGUGGGCCACAACUGUCAUCCACACCAAUCUGACACCCUCCGAGAAGAUUCUGCGAUCCGCUUGGGCCAAGAUCCUUCGAUUGCGCGAAGAGGAGAUCGACGUGGACGAUAACUUUUUCCGUCUGGGUGGUGAUUCGGUUCUUGCAAUGAAGCUGGUUUCCAGCCUGCGGCGCCAAGGCCAUAAUCUGUCAGUGGCAGACAUCUUCCAACACAUGCGCCUAGGUGAUGCGGCCCGGGUGUUGAGGGUCGAUCAAGCCUCCAAGGCCAAGAAGGCUCAGCCUUACAAGCCCUUCUCCACGCUCGGCCGUGCAGACGUCGAGCAGUUCUUGUCGCAGAUCAUCCGUCCUCAGCUCGCCGAUCCGACCUGGUCCAUCAAGGAUAUUUUGCCUGUCACCGACUCGCAAGCGCUGGACAUCCGUGCCACCGUGCACGCCCCGCGCACCUCAAUCCAAUACACCAUGCUCGUCUUCGAGCAGGGGGCAGUUGAUCGCGAGCGCCUGCUAGGCGCAUGCAGUGAUCUGGUCAAAACCCACGAUAUCCUCCGGACCGUCUUCGUCGAAGACAACUCCACCUUCUACCAGGUUGUGGUCAACGAGCUCCCCACCCCUCUGACGCGGCACACUGCCGACAAAGACGACCUGCAGACAUACAUCAUCGAGCUGUGCAACACCCACAUUGCCUCCGACUUCCCUCUCGGCUCGCCAUUCCUUCAGAUUUUCCAUGUUGACGCCCUCGACGGCCGCGAGGCCCUGGUCCUCGGCCUGUCUCACGCGCAAUACGACGGUGAAUCCCUGCCGCACCUGCUCCGCGACCUCGAAUCUCUCUACGCCGGCACCCAGCCGGCCGACCACCUGCCGUUCUCCGCAUACAUGGCGCACAUCACCAAGGCGGAAACCCAAAGCCCGGCCUUGGCUUACUGGAAGAACCUCCUCCACGACUCGACGCUCAGCGUCCUCCCAUCAACGGGCCCGAAGUCCCUCGCCGCCAAAUCUAUCUUCCACACUCAACCUCUGGACCUCGACCUCACCACCAUCCAAGAGACAACAGCCACCACGACUGCUACCCUUUUGACGGCUUCAUGGGCCCUCGCCCUUGCCCGCCUCCUGCAAACGUGCGAUGUUGCGUUCGGUAACGUCACGACCGGCCGCACCCUCAACGACCUGAUGGGCAUCGAGAAGGUGGUCGGCCCAUGCUACCAGCUCGCACCGGUGCGCGUCACCUUCCAGCGCGACUGGACCGCGGCGGACCUCCUGCGCGCCGUGCAGCGCCAGAGCGCCGAGUCCGCGGCGCACGACUUUGUGGGCUUCGAGAAGAUCGCACGGGAGUGCGCACCACCCUCGUGGCCGGUGGCUGGUUCGUUCGACUCGAUCGUGCACCACCAGGACUUCGAGGACUUCGACACCAUGCCGUUCGCGGGAGGGGAGUGUGCGGUCGAUAUUGUGAAUCCGCAUGGCGAUGCCGCGUAUCCGGUCAAGGUGGUUUCGUUUAUCAAGGAAGGGAAGCUGCAGUUGGGCGUCGUGGGCAGUGAGGAGGAAGAUGUGAAGCGGUGGUUGGGGUUGGUGGUGGAGUCGGUCAAAGAGGUGGUAGGAAGUGUGCAAGAAGAGAAAGUGCUGUUGGAGGAGGAGAGCCUGUGGGUGGUGGUGUAGUAAGCUUGAUGGAGAGUUGCUACUUGUUGACUUGUAACGGAUUUUCAAGAUGAUACUGAAAUGUUCUGCUCAAAGGAGCCCCUUCCCUUCUUCACUGACCACACCUCAGUAACACAAAAGUGAAUAGACCCAGAGGCCACUUUUGCCUCAGUUGCGG